UUCAGAUAACUCAGUUAGUCUUUAUAUAGAUCGACAGCUACUACACUUUACUCCACUCGUAAUCAUUCUGACGUUGAAGCUGAUUAUAGUGAGAUCCAAUGUGAUUUAGACGCGUUUAUAGUUAAAGAUGAACUGACAAUGAAGAUUGAAAAUAAAAGUGAUAAAUACGAAACGACAACGGACGCUGAUAUACGUGUACCAUGCUGCAAAAAACUUUCUAUGUUCGCGUGUGUUUGCGGUGUCCUAUCUUUACUUCUACAUACGUACAAUUAUACGUCUAGUUUUUUAGACGAAAUUAAAAGGAAUCAACGCAAAGUACAAGUAGAGACUGAUUUUCUGGCUUUAAACGAUAUAGACUUAGAUAGACUUAAUGCGUUUGCUACAAAGCCAGUCAGAUUAAAAAGAGAUGCUAUGCUCAAGCAAUCACCCGGUCAAGAAGACAACACAGUGGCCCCACAUGUGGAGUUCUUUAACCCCAAAAUGCGGCCUGAGUUGGAAGAGAAAGAUGCAAUUGAAAUGAAGAAGACGGGGGCAAAAGGACCAGCUCCUGGAGGUGAUACCUGGGUCUGGCUCACCAGCUAUUCACGGGUUCCUUACAAAGUAGUACAAGGAUUCUGCAAAGCAACGCAAGAUUAUUGCCCACCUGGUGUACAAGGGCCUGAUGGGCCCAGAGGAGCUCCGGGGCCAAAAGGUGAGAGAGGAGAUUCGGGAGCACCAGGCACACCAGGAAGUCCAGGGAUGAGAGGACCUGUUGGACCUCCUGGUCCAAAAGGGGAACGUGGAUUCCCCGGAAAUCCUGGCUUAGAUGGAAGAGAUGGAGUACCCGGAGAACCUGGUCUCGAUGGUCUGUCGGGCAGAAAUGGUGCUGAUGGAGCACCGGGGAAGGACGGUCGCGACGGUAUUCCAGGAAGAGAUGGAAGCCCAGGGAAAAAUGGAAGGGAUGGCAAAGAUGGUAAAGCAGGAUCACAAGGUCCACCAGGCAUCAGAGGACCGAAGGGUGAUCGUGGUCCUAUGGGGCCGAAGGGCUUACGCGGCAAUGAUGGUCAUGAUGGAGCUCCGGGGAAACCUGGCCUAUCCAUCUAUAACUAUACUAAAGAAAAUCAAAUGUUUAUACCACCUACUUUCGCAUUGGAAAAUCCAAGAUUGAUAGUGCGUGAAGGUGACACAAUGCGCAUGGACUGUAACCCCAAAGGCUUUCCUGAACCUACCAUAGAAUGGCGACGAGCUGAUGGAACUCCAAUCAUUCAGGGUUCAUGGCGUGAUGCAUCCGUAAGCGGACACGUAUUGAAUAUACCGAACGUGUCACGCUGGCACACGGGCAAGUAUGUCUGUCUCGCCAACAAUGGCAUGCAGCCACCAGCCAACCAGACCACUGACGUUGAAGUACAUUUCAGUCCAUACAUACGGGUGCCUAAUAACAUCGUUUAUGUUUUUAACAAAACAGUCAAAGUGGAAUGUGAGAUUCAGGCAUGGCCGGAACCAGUUCUAGCUUGGGAAAGCGAUGGAGUUACUCUAGAAGGUUCUCGAUAUAAGAUGGAAGUUUCCACAACCAAUGAUCCUUGGAGAUGGAUCAUGAGACUCGAAAUACCGAACCUUAGAGAGCACGACUUGAAACAAUACAGCUGUGUGGCGAAAAAUGAGCUCAAUAACCAAACAGUUAAAGGACAUAUUCGUUUGAUGUAUCCGGGUCCCAAUCAACACACACAGAUUCAGCAGCCCAUGGAGUUCGGCUUCCGUCCCCCAACCCUUACAUCAUAUGAGGAGUUGUGUCAAGUUCAGCGAUGUCCGUCGUGUCCGCGAUGUGACCGCGCAUUGCUAUUGAUAUCUACGAUGAAUACCACAGCAGGGUAUAAGCCUAGAAGGAACAUAAAUUGUCAGUUAUACGCAAUCGGCAAACCCGUGUAUCAUCGAUAUAUAGAUGAAUUGUUUGGUGCGUGGCUGCGGGAUUCGAACGCCUCCGAAAGUCAGAAAGAAAAACUUUGGGCCACACAAGAGAAUGACAUUGAAAGACUACGGGAGUACAGGAGCAAGGCCAGUUUCAAGUCUGACCAUGUUGACGAGUUUCAUAAGCUACAAAAGCCGUUCUUUGGUAACGGCCACAUCGUCUAUAGCGGGUCUUUCUUCUACCAGGCGAACGAGUCAGGCAACCCUGGAGACAUCAUACGUUACGAUUUGACGCAGAGUAGAAUAAAAUCAGUCCACUUACCACAUGCUGACGGUAGAUUGUACAGCGCACAGCAUAACCAGGUCGACUUCAGUGCUGACGACAACGGUCUGUGGGCUAUAUACUCUAUCGAAGGAUCAAAUAACACAGCAGUUGCAAAGCUAAGUUUUGAUCCAAACAAGGACGAUUUAAAUAUAGAUUACAUUUGGAAUAUAUCCCUGAACCACAAACAAGUUGGAGAAAUGUUUAUAGUAUGUGGUGUGCUUUACGCGUUAGACUCAGCCACGGAACGCGAAAGCAAAGUCACGGUGGCAAUUGAUUUAUACUUGAGCAAACCGGUGGAAGUGACUCUGCAGUUCACCAACCCGUUCAGAAAGACCACGCAACUCGGAUACGACCACACGCAUAAGGAACUGUAUUCAUGGGAUCGUGGAAAUCAAUUGACUUACCCUGUGAGAUACAACGAACUACCUGGCCCUUGAUAUGAUGAUGAUUACUUAAAACAAUAAAAUAUAAUGUGUAACAAUUUUUUAAUAAAAAUAUGCAUA